AUGUCCCCUCCUUCCUCGCCCGACACCAGACCACUGCCACCCGUUCCGGCCUUCUCGACACCUGAGCUCAGCACAGAAUCGUCCGACACUGCCGCCGCUGCCGCUGCCAGGCGCGCCCUGAGAAAACCCUCCCCGGGGCUGCUGGAGCGCAUGAAACUGCUGGACCUGCACCACCGGAGCAGACAGUCUGGCGGCAAGAACGACGUUGAGAUCGGCCGCAUACCUGAGGACCAGCUGCGUCAGCUUGACCUUCUACACCAGCGGGAACGCGCCAUCCAGAUUGAGCGGCGUGGUCAGACCUGGAGUGGGCCGCGUGCGCCGCGGCUCACUGCGCAAUCCACAGGCGGCAGCGAGAGGACUCCGGUCGAAAGCUUUCCCUCCGAAAGCUUUCCGGCGCCUCAAGAGAGCGAUCGAUAUAGCGCCACUAGCGCUAGCGAACGCAUGCCUCACUCCGACAACAACGACGACGACGACGACGACAGCGAGUUCUUCGAUGCGGAAGAGGAAGAGACACUGAGGUACGCGGAGCCUGUGCUCGGGAAGUCGCGGGAGAGCUCAGUGUCCAUGUCGAGGGACCCGACGGAAGGCGCCCCUUCGCCAGACGACUCUGGUCCCCCAACGCCGCCCCCGAAGGACCCACCCGUGGACAAUACACCGGACUUGCCACCCGAGCCUGUUGAGGAGCCGGAAUCGCUGGACGAAAUCCAAGAAGAGCAGGAAGAGCAGGAUGAACAAGAAACUACUUCAUAUUUCAAUCCGGGGCAUCUGUCACGAGCGGCCUCCAUAUACACCCUUUCGCGCGUAUCCUUCACCAACCAAAUCCAGCAGCUUACUUCCAUCAAACUCCCCGAAGCCUCGUCCUUGCAAGCAAGCAUCUCGGCAAUACCCACCUCCAAGGCCGCCUCUAGUGCUCUCAACGAUGCGGCCGGCCAAAUCCGGGUGUGGAUGUCCAAAGCGUCCGACGUACUGAAUGGCUUGGACGCGGAGGAUGAUGUUGACUGGGCCUCCGCAGCUGGCAGAGAAGGGUUGGACGAGGUCGACGCGGCAAUCAACACAUUUGAAACAUUGAUCAAGGUGUUCGUCAACGCCAUCGAAGAGCUCCAGAGCCGCCCGGACAUCGGAUAUCUGUCAAUGGCGGACCUCUCCCGGUUGCUGGAUCAAAUGGAAAAUAUCCUGAACGAUUGGGCAGGUAUCAAGAACAAGCUGCGAGCAGUAAAGGAGCAGGUUGAGAUAGGAAUGGAGUGGGAAGAAUUGUGGAACACCGUUCUGGGUGAUAUUAGCCUGGAGGUGGAAGCUCUUGGGAGGCUGGUGUUUGAGAUGGAAGAACGCCGCCACCGCAGCGUAAUGGCUGAGAGCCUUACCGAGAAUGGCAACGGGCUCGAUAUCGGAUCCUUGGAAGCGAUCGUUGAGGAAACACCGCCAAACACCAAGCGAAUCUCUCACAGUCGUUUUAGCCUUCCGCAAGCCUUCAACGCAAACGCAUCACCACUUGCGGCUCCCGACACUGCCCAGGAAGAGUCAAACCUUUUGGCGCUUUUUGCCCGCAUGCAACCACUUCGCGCUUCUCUGGACUUUUUGCCGAUGAGGCUCGCUCAGUUUCAGAUGCGUGCCUUGGAGGUCUUUCCGACUGCAUGCUCAGAGCUAGAACACCGGCGUAACUCUCUGGAAGACAAGUGGCGGAGGUUGGAGCGUGAUGCGGAGUCUUUAAGGCGGGAGCUUGGUGAAGACAAAUGGGUGUUAGUUUUUCGGAACGCCGGCGGGCAAGCAGCAAAAAUGUGCGAAUCGGUCAAGAGGAGCUUGAUAAAACUGCGCGAGGCCUUGGACGAGGGUCAGCACAUUACCAACUUACCGGCCACAGCGAAGAAGAUUGAGAACUUUGAGGCUAAGAGGAUGCACUAUGGUCCGGCCAUUGAGCGUGUUCUCAUGAUCAUCGACAAGGGAGUGAAGGAUCGGUUGACGGUAAAUGGUGAAAUCCUGAGGCUGCAGUCCGAUAUGAGGGGCGAGUGGGCUGCACUGCAAGAUCAAAUCGCGGACAUGAAGCAGUGCGUCGAGGGGCUCGACAUGAAAGACGGCGACCAGCUCCGGGACUCCAUCUCGACGAUUUUGUCCACUGAGCGUUCCUUUGCGAGCAGCAUCGAUACGCCUGGGAGCUCACCGGCUUCAUCUGUGGUGAUGCUGAGUCGCAAGGACAAUGACAGGUUCAAGUCCCGCCAAAGCAGCUUCAACAGCAACACGUCAGCCCCGUCGGCCAAGAACGCCAAACGCUUUUCCAGCAUUCCUGCUCCGUCUUCAACCCCUCGCAGCAAACCACCGCUUUCGUUCGCCCGCUACCAAGAAGAGAAGACGCCUACAAGCAAUCGUUACUCGAUGUCCACUCCUACUCCACCGAUGCCUCGCCGUGCGGCACCUACGCCACCCCCAUCUAAUAAACCCCGUUGGAACGUGUCUACAAACGCGGAAGGUGUUAGUGGCCAUCAUAUCAAGUCUUCAGCCGGAACUCCCGCUGAUACUCCCCGCAAGCCUCGUGGCCUCCAUCGUGUCUCUUCGCACUCGAAUCUGCCACGACCCACGCCUUCACGUCAGGCCGCACCAACACCUCCUCCGGGGGGUCAUUACUACCAGCGGCCCGCGUCCACCACGCCUGCACCUAAUAAGAGAGCGUCUUUGAUGGCGCCUCGCACGCCUUCUCGCAACGCCCUUUCACGGCUGGACACGCGUGCUGUGUCAGGGUCAGCCGUGACGACGAGUACGGCGGCGAGCCGGCGUCGUAGCGGUUUCCUUGAGCCAACGACGCCAAAUGCGGAUGACGCUCUCACCGAUGCCGGCUACUCGGAUGCCAGCAGCCCAGUGUCGACGCGCAAGAGCCCGCGGGCGGCCAGCGCAAUGGCGCUCCGCCGCACCAGCAUGCUCCCGCAGCCAUCGACGCCCCAGUCCAGGAAGGAGCGGCCAAGUCUCGACGUCCCCCGUCCCAGCAUGGAUGGCGGACGGAGCUCCAGAGCGGACAGCCGGGCUGGCAGCCGGGCUGGCGGCAGAAUCAGCAGCUUCGGGAUGAGGGGAGCGUCCCGGCAGGGCAACAGGGCUGACGAUAACAAGCCCAGGUUCAGGUUCUGA